AUGGAGUCACUAAUAGUAUUGCUGGUAUUAAGGGUCGGCCUGGGUUCAGGUCAAAUGAUGCAGCAAACGCUCGGAGCUCAAGUGAAAAUCACAGGCAUGCCCUUCGCCGUCUCAAACGCCCAACAGCUCAAUCAAAUUGUUUGGACAAUGCUUGGAACCACAACCAAGGAGACUAUCUACUGCGUAUCAGAAGCUCCAGUCAGCCAGUUGCGAUUUGUCUGCAUCGACUGCUUAGAAAGGAACAUCACCGAUAUGGCUAAUGUUCUCAAUUCGGCGCAGGACCACACACGAAGCGCAGGUUUCCCGACUGUUGCUUUGAGCAACGUGGCUGUCAACACUAACUGGACUGGAGCAACGAUCAUGUGUCAGGCAGCUCUUAAUGGAGGUACCGUAGAUUCUCAACCAGCUACAGUUGACGUUCGUUACCUGCGCCAGCCUCACGUAGUUGAUGCAAGUGGACAAGGUCCCGUUUUAAUUUCAAGUCAGGGCUAUCGAUUUUACGUGGAAUGUGCUCGUGGAACUGAUGGACUCUGUCAACAAAGCGGACGCCGGAAGACACUUCGUUGCGCUGUUCAGUCCCAUCCACCUGCCACAGUAUUUCGGUGGUUAAAAAAUGGAGUGGUGACUAGUGGAAAUGGAGCAGAAAUCACUAUCGGAACGGAAAUGAUCGGCCAAAGUAUCCAGUGCCAAGCUAAUAAUGGUCUUUACUCGGAUAGCGAAAUGGCGACCAGCCAGGCAGUCCAAAUUGACCCUUAUUCGUCCGCACGUCUGGUCCAGGAUAACUUCGCCACUCUUCAGUCCGCAGCCCCAUUUCAGGCAGGUAAUCGUUUGGAGAUGAAUCAACAAAUUAAUCUCGGCUGCCAAGUCGAGGGUAACCCGCGUCCAGUUGUUUUCUGGAAACUGAGGAAAUCGAAUGGACAGGUCGCUGAUGCUCCUUGUGCUCAAGGAUUUGACGGACAAUAUCAAGAGGUCAACGAAUCGCCGCGCGAUCGACCUAUCCCGCCGAAUGUUGUGCGUCUUAACGCCAUUUGUUCCUUCCGCGUAUCGAACUACUCCUUAUCUGGACAAUAUUGGUGCUCUGCUUGCUCUUAUGUCAGCCAAGGUGCCCCAGAAUGUUCGCCAUCUCUUGAGAGUCCUGGAGCUAGCACCCUUAGCAUCCAAGUUACUGGGCCACCUAUGCAUUCUGAUGCUGCGUCCACUAUAGAGCAGUCUCCUAGCACCAAUAACGCAGUAGUUACUGUUCACUACUGUGCUGAACCAAUGCCACGACCACCACGAGAAGUCAUAUUCACUAUUGACAAAAAUGAUCUGCAGAUUGGUCAGUCAUGGGAAAACUUCCGCUUCGAAAGUACUACACAAAACAAUACAGUACCUAACUGCUAUCUCGCCAGAUUGAACAUAGCUCCAGUCAGAGAGGAGGACCAGUACCGAGUCAUUGAAUUACGGUUGCAAAAUCAGUAUGGCAGUAAACAAAUCCCUGUCUCUCUGGAAGCGUUGCUUGGAGGAGGAGCCGCUAGUGUUUCACGCAUUUCUGGCUGGUGGAUCGCUUUCCUAGUUUUGAUAGCUACUUGUUUGGCGCUCAUCUGUUGUGUAGCUUUUUGCGUGAGACGAGGUGUACUAUGUUUCAACAGAGUGAAGGAGCAGUCUGAAUACAAUGUACCUAAAGCUAAAGCAAAUCUUAAUCUUCGUGAGAACUUCUACGAUGCUGAUGCUCCACGAUUAUACACGCCACAAUCAGUCGAGAAUAGCCCGUACGACCUAGCCGUGCAAGCCGCCUACUGCGACUCCCGCAUGUCUUCUGUAUAA